AUGGAUGCAGACAAAUUCACACAAUACCUGUACGAAUGGGCUUCAUUUAAAGGUGAUUCCUUCAUGACGGAAGCCAAAAUCGUCGAGUCGCUCGCUGAGAUCGCCAGCUACACCAAGAGCCAAGGAGAACAGCUCUCAGCCAACAAACCCAGCAAGGAGACGUAUCUGCACUUCCAAUGGCGCCUGUGCAAAAAUCUCUUCAUUGAUCAAUAUGCCGAGUCGGCCAAUGCUGGCGACUUCGUCAUCGCCUGCCUCGCCGCGCUGUGCCUCGAUGAGCUCCAGAAUCUCGAACCCAGGGGAUAG